AUGUCUAAAGUUCAGUCUCCAGCUGCGCUUAGACAUGAUUCCGACGCUACGACUGCGUUCGAGCCUGUAGAGCCUGGCGACGUUCAGGGUGGCCCGAGGAGAAUGUCCAAGCCCACAAUUGCGGCGCAGACCAGGGCUAGCGAGAGGAGGUUCGCGCGAGAUGCCUCUGCUUGGACGAAGGAGACUUUGGAGGAGUUGUCUGCUGUCAGGCAGGUCAGGACUCUCUCGUCCGCCGCUGAGCCAGUAGUUGGUGGCGCGGUGGGUGCUGACAAUCCUUUUGCUGGUCAUGUUGAGGGAGGGGUCAAUUAUAUGAGUUUGACUUGGUGGCGAGCAGGCAUGCUCAUGGUAGCAGAGACAAUCUCCCUUGGCAUCCUCGCCCUCCCCGCCGCCCUCGCCACCCUAGGCCUCAUCCCAGGCCUGAUCCUGCUCCUGUUCUUCGGCAUCCUCGCCACCUAUACCGGUUACGUGAUCGGCCAACUACGUCUGCGCCACGAAAACAUCCACUCUAUGGCGGACGCAGGCCAGCUCAUCUCAGGUCGGAUCCUCAGCGAGGGUGUCUGCGCUGUGGUCUAUCUCUUCGGCGGGUUCGUGCUGAGCUUUGCCCUCACAAUACCGAGGACGUUGAGGCAUGUGAGCUACUACUCCGUCGCGAGCUUCUUGAGCAUUAUCGGGGCGGUUCUUGUCACCAUGAUUGCCAUUUCGAUGGAGCGGCCGGGCUGGGUCUCUAGCUCGACUGUCGGGCUCGGUGUAGAUCUUGCUCCCACCAACACGCCACAGAUUGCGCUGUGGCCGAAGAAGGAUCUGCAGUUUCACCAGGCUUUUAGUGCGGUGUGCAACAUCGUCUUCGCUUACGCCGGGCAUGUGGCCUUUUUCGCAUUCAUCUCGGAACUGAAGGACCCGAAGGACUUUCCCAAGGCCUUGACGUUCUUACAGGUGUCGGAUAUUAGCAUGUAUAUUGUUACGGCAGUCGUCAUUGUAAGUGCUCUCACCACGACGGCGGAGCCGUGGUCACUAUUUCUACACAUCGCUAUACCUGCCGUGCUGAGCUGCGGCAUCGCACUGCUGUACAUUUACGCCGGCGAUUCUGUUGCAUCACCUGCCUACUCAGCACCUCUUCGCUGCCACGCAAGAUUGCCUUGUAACGGCAUCGCCCUCCCCACAAUCCUCAUCGCCGGCGUAAUCAACGGCCACGUCGCUGUCAAAUGGCUCUACGUGCGCCUCCUCCGUUCCUCCUCCUCGGGGCAGACUCUCAUGCAUGAGAAGACCUUCAAGGCUCGUGGGAUUUGGAUCGCCAUCGCGGCAACUUUGUGGAUAGUUGCGUGGCUGAUAGCGGAAAUCGUGCCUGUGUUUCAUGAUCUGGUCGGGUUGACAGGGGCGUUGUUUGGGAGCUGGUUCACUUACGGAAUACAAGGCGUGUUUUGGCUUUGGAUGAACUACGAACUUGAGUGGAAAGGGGUAAGCGGCAACAACCCGAAGCUGAAGAGGAGAGGGAAAUGGGAAUGGGGAUGGAAGAAGGUUGUCUUGACGAUGGUGAACGUGGGAUGUUUUGUUGUUGGAGCUGUCAUUUUCGUGGCGGGCAUCUACUCGAGUGCCAUCAAUAUCCACGAGAAUGCUCGGCAUGCUGGCAAGCCGUUCAGCUGCACGAUUGGAUAG